AUGGACAGCUGGACUGAAGCCGGACAAAAUUUGAUCAGAAAAGCUCACUUGAGCCUUCGUCUCAGUUCCGAGGAAAUCUCCCCCGACGCCACCUCUACCCCCAGUAAUAGCCUUCCCCUCAACCUCAUCAACACAGUUACCGAACUGACCAACAAAUCACCACCAAUUGCCACUAGCCUUGCAACAACUCCCUCAUCUUCAGACCUCCCUACCCUCUUCGACAGAACACCAAGAACUAUCAGAGCAUCUGCAAUUGAAAGACAGAUUUUUACCCAUUUGGAGGAAAUUAAAGUCAGAGUGAACUUAAAUACGAAAUUGUUACAUGCACUGUUGAGAAAAGUGGACAAUGUUUGUACAGUAGGAGAGGAGGGGGAUGAAUCACAGGACUCAUAUUUUCCAUUGUCCACCAGGGAUGGGAUUGAGGCCUUAGAAAAUAAACUUGAAGAGCGUGAUGGACUCUCGGCUAACUUGGUCAAAGUCCUGGGUGGUAUUGGUGGGGACAGUUUGAAAUCAACUGUGAGAAGGCUUUUAAAAUAUAUGAUUGAAAACGAUCUUGCAAAGCAGAUUAAUUGGCUGGGAAAAGGGGGGAAGCUCGCCUUCUCUUCCUUAAAAGUUAAAGAAAUUCUGAUAAAAGGUGUACGUAGGGACAGACUAUGCUCUUCGGCCACAGAGGCCGAAGUAUGCCACACUGCAAAAGAAUGGUUUCGAUAUGCGACAGAUAGGGAGGGGGGCAGGAAGAGGAGGGAGGACAGGAAGAAGGCGGCAGCAAGAGAGGUGGAGCAGGCUGAAGGGGACCAGCGUGAUGAUUCCUAAAUAACUGUAUAAUCAUAGGAAAUUGACUCUCCAAUGUUUUUUUUUUAUUUUCAUACAUUUAUUCUUAUGCAAAUUUAUUUCUUUAUAUUUUUAAUUCUGAAUUCCUUUAUUUCUUUCUUCAUUAAAACAUUCUUA